CGGCCUGCAAGAUAAGAUGGCGGUCUCCACAGGAGUUAAAGUUCCUCGUAAUUUUCACUUGUUGGAAGAACUUGAAGAAGGACAAAAAGGAGUAGGCGAUGGUACAGUUAGCUGGGGCCUUGAAGACGACGAAGAUAUGACACUUACAAGGUGGACAGGCAUGAUUAUUGGGCCACCAAGGACAAGUUAUGAAAACAGAAUGUAUAGCUUGAAAGUAGAAUGUGGACCCAAAUACCCAGAAGCUCCUCCGUCAGUUAGAUUUGUAACAAAAAUUAAUAUGAAUGGAAUAAAUAAUUCCAGUGGCAUGGUGGAUGCACGUAGCAUACCAGUUUUAGCAAAAUGGCAAAAUUCAUAUAGCAUUAGAGUUGUACUUCAAGAGCUAAGACGUCUAAUGAUGUCCAAAGAAAAUAUGAAGCUUCCAUAGCCACCAGAAGGACAAACAUACAAUUAAUUUUAGUGGAUCUCAAACUUGUCUUAAAUCAACAACCUUUUACUCAUGUUAAUGUCUUGAUUAAAUAUCACAAUGCAAAAUACCCACACAUUAAGUAAAGG